CUGGUCUCUUAAAAUCUUGUGAAAACUUGUGACAUGAUAAUCAGAGAUCAAAAAAUACUGUCAUUUGGAAGAAAAUAAUAUUGAUACAUCAUGGCUGAUUCAUCUUAUGAAAAAGGACUUACAGAACUUUCAAAAAUGAAGGUUGCAGAUUUAAAGAUUGAGUUAAAACAUAGAGGACUACCUACUACUGGUAAUAAAAAUGAAUUGGUUGAAAGGCUUCAAUUAGCAAUUCAUGAUUCUGCUUUAUCUUUGGAUGAAACUACAGAAGAAAUUUUAGAUGAGGAUGCAGUUCUUGGUGAUGAAGAAAUAGAAGAGUUAUCAAGUAAACCUGAUUCACAAGAAGGAAAUGAAAAAAGGAAAUUGUCUACUGAAAGUAAUGUAAGUGCAAAAAAAAUAGUUCUAAAUCGAAAACCAGUAAUUGAAGAAAUUAAGAAUGAACAAACAGAAAAAAUUGAAAUUGAUACAAAAUCUAUUGAGACUGCUCCACCAGAAAGAAAGAUAAUUAAAUUAUCAGAACUUGGUAUUAAAGAGAGAUUAGAAAUGAGAGCUAAGAAAUUUGGAUUACCAUUAUCAGAAGCUGCUAAAAAAGAAGCUAGAUCUGCAAGAUUCAGUAUUAAUAAUCAAAAUAGUAAAUCAGCUGCAUCUGUAAAAACACCUGUGCAUACGACUUAUGAAGUUUUAAAAAAACGAGCAGAAAGAUUUGGUACAUCUGUUUCUAGUCUAAUGGAAAAGGCUGAAUUGGAGGCUAGAAUAGAAAAAAGAAAAGUCAGAUUUGGUGAAGUGAAGCCUGCAAAUAAGAAAGUAUUUUAUAAUAAAAUUAAAAUUGUUAAAUGAUAUUCAGUGUUAUACACGAAACAGCAAUUUAGAUUGCAAACUUUACUUUAAGCUUUCUUAUUUGUAAUAUGAUUAUUAUAUACAAAAAUAAAAAUUCAUUGUAUUUGUUAUAAAAUGCAUGACGAAAAGUUUUUUUUGAUAUUAUAAUAGUUUAUUUUUAUUUUUUAUAACAAUUAUACGUGAAAAUUACUUUAAUUUUUUUUUUUACUUAAGAUAUUUAUAAAGUAAAUAUAUAUUUUUAAGAACAUUGUAUAUAAUAGGAAGUUUAUAUACAAUUUGCAAUAUUAAUGUUUUCAUUUUAUAUAAAAAUGAAAGAUUUAAUAUUAUAUAUAUAAUAUUAAUGCAUAUAUUAUUUUGACUUUUAUAUUAAAAUAAAUGAUUGACUUGAAGUGUGCAUAUUUAUAAUAUCGAAAUUUUGUAUUAUUAUAAAACAAUAUAAUUAAAAGCAAGUAAAUAAAUUGUUCUUCUAUAA